UGACAGUUUGAGGUUAAGUUACAUAUUUAUGUUUACACAUUCAAUUAAACAAUAAUUUACACAAACCAUAAAUAAAAAUUAGUCUUCAAUUUCGAUUUGCCAAACAAAAUAUCACUAGAAAACGCUCCCAUAAUUUGCAGGUAUUUUAAUAAAUUCUGCCAAAAAUAUGAUUGCCUGCCUAAGACAUGACUCAUGUCACUAAAAUCAGCUGAUUAUCAAAUUCUUAGGUGUCAAUUUUUUUUGUGUGGAAAGUUGUUUUCCUUUCAAUUUAUUUAUAAAGGACCCUAAUCACACUUUACAAGAAGCAUUCCUUAACUGACCUUUAAAUAUGUCUAACGAAGUAGAAGAAACCAUGAAAAGGAUCCAGUCCCAUAAAGGUGUAGUGGGGACCAUUGUGGUAAACUCCGAAGGUAUUCCCAUAAAAACAACCCUGGAUAACACCACCACUGUGCAGUACGCCGGCCUCAUUAGUUCUCUAGCGGACAAGGCAAGGAGUGUCGUACGAGACUUAGACCCAUCGAAUGACUUAACAUUCCUGAGGAUCCGGUCCAAGAAACACGAGAUCAUGGUCGCCCCGGAUAAAGAAUUUAUUUUAAUAGUUGUUCAAAAUCCUACUGAUUAGGAGGACUAUUAUUUAACUCUUUACUAAUCUAGUUAAUAUUUUUUUCUAAUUUUUGCCCUAAAUGAUGUAUCGCAGUGAGGAACAUUCCUGCUUAUAUUAAUAUUUGUAUUAUCUGAUUGUUUUGCACAUAGCACAUUCUUUUUAUAAUGCUUUAACUUAUUAAUACAAUUCAUAUUGUACAUAAUAA